AUGGAUCAAGUUAUAUUCAUCAAAUGUAUGGACAAGUGUGGGAUUCCUGGGUGCUUCCUCACCACUCACACAAGUCGGAUUCGGAUUUGUAUUGGAUAUUGUUGCAGCAGUCGAAAAAGGUCUACGGUGGAUACAAUGGCGCUAUCUUCUUCUUCUCUCUGUUGCUAUGCCUCAAUCCGCGAUACUCGUAUGCCUCAUCAUGCUAAAUUAGUUUCUUCUUCUCGUCAAUUCGGCACCGCCUUCGCCACUGGUUCCCCUCUCUCGAUUCGGACACAACCAAUCUACCGGAGAAAGGCAACAUCAGUGUCUGUAAGAUGUGAGCAGAGUACAAAUGAACAAGGCAGUGGCUUAGAUGUGUGGUUGGGACGACUCGCUAUGGUUGGUUUUGCUGCUGCUAUUAGUGUUGAAAUUGCUACUGGCAAGGGGCUUCUACAGAAUUUUGGGCUCACAGAUCCUCUGCCAACAGUGGCGUUAGCAGUCACAGCAUUGGUGGUAGCUCUCACUGCAGUCUUCAUCUUUCAGUCUGCAUCCAAGAAUUGAUCACAUUUGUUUUCAUGAAGAUGCCUUCUAUGUGUAUGUAUUUACUUUUGAAAGAUGUACACUUUCCACAUACGUAUCUUGAAAGUGUAAAGAUAUUGAGGUUCUUUAUAUCAAAUCCAGGUUAUUUGUAUGAUUAA